GAAGCUGCGGCACGAGAAGUGGAUGGACUCCCUCCAGGCCCCGCAGUGGGCCGACGAGGAGCGGCGGAAGAAGGCCCGGGGCGCGGAGCUGCUGGUCGGGGACCUGGCCGCGAGCGGGCUCCCGGGCCAGUACGCCGUCAACCUACUGCUCCAGCUGCUGCCCACCAAGCUCUUCCUGUCCUCGUCACAGCACGCCACGUGGCUGCUCUCCAUACUGCACGCGCUCCUGGUGCCGGUCCCGGAGCGGGCGCCCGCGGCGGCGGCGGAGGCGGCGAGCCCGCCAGCGGCUCCGGCUGCCGAG